UGUGCCGGAGUGUCUGGUGGAAUAACUGUCGCUAAAUCUUCUUGAUACCUAUAGAAUCUGCGUCAUCGGCAACAUCUCCAACGGACACGACAGGCCACUAUUCCAGCGGGGAUGAGCAGCGGCAGCAUAGCCAGACCCGCAAUUCAUGACUUGAUACAACCGGCCAGAGUCGGCUGCAAUGGACACGUUUGGGUAUGGAAUGGGGUUAUGGCUUUAAUUUCUCUUCUAUUGUUAUUCCAAGGCGGGCAUGUCUGGAGAAUUUGGUUUAUUCGAUUUGUCUUCCCUUCUUCAUCUUCCAGCGCUGUAUCAACCGUGCGUUAAUGGGAGACGAGCCUUUCUUUGUAAUAGCUGACGUUCUUAUGCAUUUUUGGCGUCUCUCGCACACGUUGAUGCACAUGAUUGAGUCCGUGUAUGCAUGUGCCAUGUCUCGAACGCGUGGGUCAAGAGACUUGAUUCUUUUUUGUUGCUGUGGUUUAAUAUAUCACUUUUACCCGUUGAAUAGUCCAUGUGUUGAAUGUCCACUGAAGGGAGGGGGGAAGAAGUAUUUAUGGGCGGUGGUUUUGUUUCAUUUAAAUUCCUGCAUGUCGCGGGCACACAUUUUGCGUGGCCCACAAUGGGAUGGUCACACUGCAGUCCAGAUGAGGCAUAGCUGCAUCGAUCAUGAGACCCCCUGGGAUCUUCUGCAUUCUUUCUUUCUUCUUUCUUCUUCUUUCUGCGACUUUUUCUACGACGUCCAUGCUACAUGCUAACAUCACGCAUGUGGGAAAAUGACAUUGCACUCCAAUGAUAAUUCCAGGGGACCUUUUAGUCCUUAGUA